AUGGAAAUUGAUGAAAAAAUGUCUUUCUUACGUCCCUCCAAUGUCAUUCGAAAUUUUUUCAAACCUAAAAAAGUGCCUCUAUUCUCCGGUUGCCCAACUAAUACACAGUGCUCCUUUAUCUUAUCUUGCUGGUGGAGUGGGGACUCAGUUGGAACUUCGUGUGGACCCCUCUUCUUUUGUUGUGGAAGUCAGGAUAGCAGAGAUGACCAACAUGUACAUCAGCUCUACUAUGGUCCUGUUAGAAAUGAUCCAGUAUGUGGCAGAAGUUCAACUGCAACAAGCAGAAUAGUUGGAGGUGAAGAUGCAGCGUUUGGACAGUUCCCUUGGCUGGCGUUUAUCCAAGUGGGUGGCAGUCGUUGUGGAGGGGCACUAGUGGCUUGGCGACACGUCGUUACAGCUGGGCACUGCGUUGCAAAAACUCAACACAAUCCUGGCAACAUCAAAGUCACGUUAGGUGAUUAUAUCCUCAAUUCGGACCUGGAAGGCCUUCCUAGUGAAAGUUUCGGUGUCGAUGAGGUGAAAGUGCAUCCAAAGUUUCGGUUCACACCACAGGCAGAUCGCUUCGACGUGGCUGUGCUGUUACUGGAUCGACCAGUUGGUUAUCGCUUCAACAUGAAACCCAUCUGUUUGCCGGAAAAGGGCACCGACUUCUUGGGUGUAGUAGGAUAUGCUGCUGGAUGGGGAGCCUUAGAGCCAGGUGCUGGUGAACUAAAAAAGGGGAGGGUCAAAAAAGUGUGUGGGGUUAGAAGGCGUGGCCCCUGA